AUGGUGCGGCUGAUUUCUCGAACCAUUUCUGGAGCUCAGUUUUUGGUGAUGCUGUUAUCCGUCAUGGCGACAUUUGUUCAUAGUGACGAAGAGCAAGGAAACAUGGAGGAGUCUAUUGCUGUUGCCGAAAAGCAUCCCUCUGGUGUAAAGCCUUAUUUCGUAUUUUCAACAAUUUCAAUCGCUUGCAUGGGGGAAAUUGAAAUGUUAUGUGCGGGUGCCGAGGAUGUGGAAGAUCUCCCGUGUCCCAGCGAGAUUGAAUCAAUGCCAUUCGAAAGUUGCAAGACGAAUAGUUGUUUGUACUUGCACAGCAUGUUGGAGGUGUUGGACAAAAAAGAUCCAGCGGGGGUAGUGCAUAGAGUGGAACUCGUUCAGAAAAUGUCCAAAAACAGUAAUGUCAAAAUAUCUCAGGAAUGCCAAACUUCGGUGUUUGAGUACAUUAGGGCGCAGGAGUUCCUUCGAAUAUUGGAAAGCGGGCCCCAGAACUGGAUGGAGAGGGUGCAGUUACUGGAAGUCAGGGCAAAUAUGAUCUCCCUUUGGUUUAUGGGAGCCAUAUUUAACCCCAUGUCAUUGUUGUUCCACUGCUGGGUCGUGCUGUUCGUAGCAUAUAAAGGUUUCAAAAGCUAUCGAUUUCUAAAGCAAGUAAAAGAAGAACGACAAUGCGUCUUGGAAUGUGUGCUAGCCAAUGAAGGCAUGAAGACCCGUUUGGAAGAACUCACAAAUCAGAAACUUGACAUAUCCCCUUAUUCAUUGACUUGGGAUCUACAAAGCCAGACACAGCAGUUUGCCAAAGUUAGCAACCAAGUGAAGGUAUUGCGAGCCAUUUAUUCGGAUCCCGAUUUAAAAUUGCAAUUCAGGUUGCUAGAUAGAUUUGUCCAGUCGGACCUGAUUAUGUCGCUGACUCCUCCGGUAAACUCCCGAACAUUGGAACGCGGAUUCAAUCCUCCACGACCCUGGUUCUCGCCACGCCCAGCUACCAAAUUCUCCCUCUUCUACGCUGGAUAUGUCUUUUUCGUGAUGGAUCUAAAUCUCCCACCGUGGAUGAAAUUGCUUGUGGAAGUAUGUGCUGUCAAACUGGUCAUAUCGAGUGCUCGGAAAGCAUAUGGGACUCCAGGUGGGUACCGGAAAUCGACCUGUUGCCAUUGUGGCAAAACAAGUUUGCAAGCUGAUGACAAAAAGAACGAAGAUGUCGAUUGUCUCGUUUGUUCUGGCACCGGGGUGUGUCAUUUGGCCUGCACGGUUUGUGAACAACGGUUGCAAACGCUAUUUCCCAGCAACAACGUGUUCCUACCAGGGGACGCUCCACCAGGAUAUGCCCCCGUACCUGCACCCUUGCAUACAAGGACACAUGGCCGUUUGUAUUAG